GUUAUCUUGAUGCCCUCUGGUCUCAAUCCCUUCAUCCCUCCAUCUCUUCUUUUCUAUCCCUCGCUCUCUCGGGAACCCCUCAUACACUGACCAGCGGGGAGAUCAGAGAGAGAUCAUGCUGUCUGUACUGGCAUUGACGUCUGUGGUGCUCUUGGGCAUAGCCUCUCAGUGCACAGCUGUAACUGUGUACACAAGUUGGGAGAAACAUGCACAGGUAGGAUCAGAUGUCCGACUCUCAUGCUCUUUCUUCUCCUGGCAAUGGACCUCUCCAGAAGUGUCCUUCUCAUGGAGUUACCGUGCAGAUGGGUCUAAAGAGAGCCCUACAAUUUUCCACUACACAAAUGGUGCUCCCUAUAUCGCUAACAAAGGUCCGUUCAGGGACCGCCUGGAGUUCGUGGGGAACCCUAAUCGGCGCGAUGGCUCUAUUCUGAUCCGGAACGUCGACUUCAGUGACAAUGGCACCUUCACCUGUGAUGCCAAGAACCCACCUGACAUAGGAGGCCAUCCAUCCAGCGUUCGACUGCUAGUGUAUGAAAAAGUUCCUGUUCAAGCCGGCGUGAUAACAGGAGCCAUUAUUGGCGUAGUGUUGGGACUGCUGAUCCUGGUUGUGGCGAUUUACUAUCUGAUGCGUUUCCUGGUCGCAAGACGAGUGUUCAGCUUGAGCAUGAGCAGACAUGGCAAGAAAGGCAAAGGAAAAGAAGGAUCACAGCAAAAACAGGUUUCGGCUGUGAUGGACCCGGCCAAGCUCAAGGCUGCAGCAUCCGAGAAGAAGAAACAAGAGGCUCGCAGGGAGAAGAAAUAGGGGUUAAGGAGCAGAGAGCUAGAGCUCCAGACUAUGGUUGCCUCCACCCAAACCCUGGAAGAAACAUCGGGUGUGGGGAGGCAAAGCAGGGUGCUUAUGACCAUUGACCUGGAGCUCACCAAACAGGAGAGAGAGGGAGAACAAAUUAAAUCCGGGCCUGCCGCGUUCAUUUCUCGACUUGCGCGCAAAAUCACUCUCACGUGAGAGAGAGGGGUGUGAGAAGGAGGGGUGGUGGAGAGUUUUGGAGGAGAGGAAUGUUAGAUGAAUCCCAAAACAGGAGGAUGGGAGAGGGGUGAAGUGUUUUCCACAAAAAAAGAAUAAUAAUAAACUGUGUCCUUAUCGGGUGCCACAGCAUCAUCAUAAAUCCUGUACCGAUAAAAAUUGUAUAUUACACAUCUGUUCUGAUUGGCUGUAAAAAACAACUUGCCACUUCAAAGAUGAUACAUCGCACCUGUUUAGGACACGGUUUUCAACAUGCUGAUACAAAAACACCUCAAAAGCAUCACAUAUUUACAAGAAAACCCAAAGCUUAGACCCUACCCAUACACACAAACACUCUGACAGAUGUGUUUGCGAGAGCUGUAAUACUAGCAGAAAGCUGUAAGCUUUUAUCUUGUUAAGUGACAGACCGUUCUGCCAUCUCUCUCUCGCUCUCUCUCUCUCUCUCUUUUACAGCUUUCACAGUACACCCAUGCACUGUAAUGCACAAACAUAAAAUCUAAGCCACACAUUUAUCACACCCGGUACUCUUGCUGAAGUUAUUUUUGAAACUUUAUAUUAACUGUCUUCUUCUCGUUCUCUUUUCUAUUUUUCUUGUCUUGUUAUAUAUACCUAUAUAUAAAUAUAUAUCUCUUUGUUUGGUCUUUCAAACUCUUUAUCUCUGACACUUUUUCUUAUUUCUCUCUUGUUUCUUUUAUAUCUCUGUCUAUUAUUCACCUCUCUCAUCAUCUGAUAUACUGGUGCUAUUACAUCACUUCCUCCUCUCCUCUAUCAUCAUAGGCCGGCCCCUCAAAGUAGCCCCCUACCCUUCAUUUACCGAGAGCUAAAUUUAUCAUUAGUAUUUUAAGCCAUCACACCUUCAACACGAAAACACUUCAUUGUCCGUCCAAUAAAAUUGCUCCAUCUUUCCUCCAACUAACACUCACGUUCACUCUCGUGAAUCCAAUUCAAAGCCUAGUUUUUGUUGUUUUGGAUUACAGUAACUUAAAUAGUGUGUAAGUUUGCUCUGACUGCAGUGACUGAAAUUUCACAGAAUGACGUCGAUACUGUUGGCAGAGACUCGCACGCAGCCACCGUGCCAAAUUCUCAUGUCUGUCUGCAUAAGCUGUUGUCUGAUAUUUUAACACUUGUAACCGGAGAUCCGCGUCUCCUCUCCACGCUUUAAACAACAUCACAAGCAGGGCUUGGCCCACCUGUAUGUGUCAAUAAGGCCCAUCGCUUCAUCAUGGUUUGACUUCACCUCUCUCUAAACCUCCUCUUCUCUAACUUCGCAAACGCUCAUCCACCACCACUUCUUCUCAUCCCUGUUUGUGCUGUUAAGAAAACCACGUCGUUCUCUCCUGCCCCCUGCCGCCCACGGGAGAAAUUUUCAUUCGGCCAUAUUUUCACCACGACGACGACGGCAAAGCGAAAAACAAGAAAACUCCAGCUAGCUCUCUGCUGACUAUAAAAAGACGCGUGUUAGUUCACGCUUAUGCAUAUGUGUAUGUUUUUAAGUCUGUAAUCUGUCAACGAAGAAAAAUCUGCAUUAUGUCAUUGUUGGUCAAUUUCGAUGUGCAGUAGCAUCCUGGUACUGUUUGUGUGUUGGAAGCAGAAAUGUAAUAUAAUUUAAUGAUGUUUAAUAAUUUCUGCACUUUCUUUCGACUGACAUGGCGGAAAUCAUGUGGUUGUUUCUUCGAAGCGAUGUUUGCCAUCAAGACGUUAGCACGCUAAAGCCAUAUGAAUUGGGUACGAAAGAUAUCAGAAGGUUUAUGAAAGAGAAAAAUAUUUUUGCACUUAAAUUUUUAAGUUUAGCCAACUUGGAUUUAUAAGUAAUUUCAACUGUAUUUACUAGUGAAGUUACAACAACUCAUCACUUGACAAUAUAGUUGAAAUGACUUAUAAAUCAUUGAUUAAACUUAGAAAUUUAAGUGCAAAAAGAUUUUUUACAGUGUAAACUGUGAGGUAGACUUGGACUGUUUUCAUAUUUGGAUGCAGAAUCUAAAGAUCUCAAUUUCAUAGGAUCCUACUCCUUUCUUUCCAAGUCUUCGUGUCUGAGGCUUUCAUCUGUAAUGCCUUGAGAAACUGCACAAUUGGGUGGGCUUGUGGGAAAUAAUGUGUUUGUUAGCCUGCAGACAGAUGCUUUUUAUGCAUCUCGGAGUAAAUGUCGAAAAGCCACAUGAUACCUGCCAUUAAACUGUGUUUAAAUAUCGGGGAAUUGUCACGUUGUAUGUAUCGUGCACCUGCAUCUCGGUGCAGGUCUGAGUAACCAUUAUCUCUCUUAGAACGUCAUUUAAACCAUCUAACAAUUUUUUUACGUUUAUUUUUGACUUUAACCCAGCUAACGUUGGUUUUCUGUAUAAUGUGUAAUGUAAAAAGAAAAUACUUUCAGAAAUAAUUUCGAAUAAUUUCAGAAAAGUGUCAAUAAAAACCAGAUCCCUUGUGA